AUGCCUUCCGCUUCCCCCUCUCCCAUCAAACGGCCGUCGUUGAACGAACGAACCUCCUCUACACAUUCUCUGUCUUCCUCGAGCAGACAGGCAACCGGCCACAAAGCCCAUCGCUCCCACGUGGCCAGCCGACAUUCAAGAAACGUCUCCCAUGGAAAGGGACUGAGUAAAUUGGGCAAAGUUCACUCGACGACCAACGUCUCCACCGAUUACCACCAUCAACGGAAAAAGUCUGGGGGCCCUUCGCCUCCUCACAGUCCCAAAGUACCCCUUGUAAAGCGCAAUAGCUCGAAUGUCACUCUGCCGAAGAAUACAUCUCACGGGAACCUGCGCAAGAAUCAUUCAGCAAAUACCCUAAUACGGAAUGUUUCUCACCCGGCGUUGAAGAAGACUGGACUUGCUCCGGCGCCGAAACCAAAGAACAAGGAGAAGAAAGAUGGUGUUUUCCAACUUGGGGACCGGUCGUCAGACGACGAAGAGGAGGGAGAGUGGGAGGAUUCGACCACUCAGUCUCCAGAAAUUACACGUAACAAUUCAAAGACCUCUACGCCGAGGGUUAGCACUCCCAAUGGCGAACAGAUUCCCAGAAAACUUCCGGAAUCGGGUAUGGACCACCCAGACGAGACUCCGUCGCCGUCAAAUCCCUCGCUAAAGAAUCACACUCGAUCGGUUCCUAAUCUGAGGAAAGAGUCCAGUAUGUCACCGUCACAGAUCCCGCCCGAUCCCGCCCUGCUUCACCAGUACCCUCGAGCAUCUCGUGCACCGCCAGCGAUGUCUACAGUCUCUGCGCAUGUGACACCGGGCCAGCUGAUCCGUAGCGAGUCAUCCCGGUCCUUCAGUCAUAUCUCGCAUGUCGAAGCCGCAUCGAUGAAUGUGACUCCUACUACGCCUGGUCUUGCGGCUGGUCCUGUUCCAGCGUCUUCGUCAGUAGAGGGUGGUGUUUCACAUUUUCUACCGAUGGAAACUCCGAGUUCCUCACUCCGACCUAUGGGUGACGGAUCAGACGACGAUUCGCCUUCGAAUUUCCUGUCCAACUACAAGCCUCAGCCGCCGGAGUCGCCCGGGAAGACGAAAACUCUGCACAAGGCGCGGACACUCCAGAACCCGUCGAGAACGCAGCAGAAACUCGAGCUUCAGAGGAGAGAAAUUAUGCGUGCGGGUGCCGCAACACCAACCACUCCACCACCAACUGGUAUGGGUCUCAAUCUAGGCUCUUCAACAUCCUUACACAGCCGGACAGGGUCCAAAAAUCGAAAUCGAUCUCUGGCGGGAGGCCGAACUUUGACAGGAGACAUCAAAGCUCUGAAGCAGGAUUAUGAAAAUGCCAUCAAGCAGUUGACCGUGGUGGGGAGAUUCCGAAAUCCAAUUGUUGAAAGCAUGAACAGACUCAAGGAGAACAAUGUACUCCCGCCAGAUAUUGGGGUGAUCUCCCCGAGUGGUGCUUUUUCUAAAAGCAGGCCACAGAGUCGGCGUGGACCAAGUUCAUUUGCUGUCAAUGGGCAAGCCAAGGCUAGUGUAAGUCGAAGUUUCGAAGACAAGAAGCCGUCUCCUCUAGUGUCCCGAUCUUGCAGUAGAGGGCGAGGUGGACGAGUACACUUCCAGCGGCAGAGUAGCCAUGACGAUAUCGAAGUGACUCCGAGUCAAGGCAGUCCGGAUGGAGUUCAGGAUGAUGAACAGGAUGGGCUCUCUCCCGAAGAGGCAUUGAUGCGGCGGAUUUGGGAAUCACGAGAAGUGCUUGAUGCUGGUGAGCCUACAUCAGCACGGUGA